UCGACACACUUGAUUUCUAGUGUAAAAAUUAAUAAAAAUAUUAAACGAAUUAAUAUUUUAUCCGAAAGUUGCGAAAAAUUGAAAACUGCGCGGCGCGUGUGUUGUGUGUUUGAGCGAGUAGUAAUGUUAGCAAUAACAUAACACCGUAUGACCCGACGUGGAUUAUCAUCUACACAUUACAAAGAAUAUACGAAGAAAAAAAGUGCAAGAAACUUUUCUUUCGACGGAAAAAUCCACAUAAAAAAUAAAAAAAAAUGGAUCAAAUAACAUGCAAGAUACAGAUGCUGGAACAACGUCUGAAUGAUGAAAAUGAAUCCUCCAGACGAGGCUUUGAAACACCAGGAACACGGAGACGACCACAAUUAGGACUGGACAGUAUACCAAGUCGCAGUAAAAUGACAUUGGAUUUUCCACACUCGACUGUCCCAGCUACUGAAUCCGAAACUGAUCGAAAAUUAAAGAAAAUACACAAACAGACUGGAAUUUUAACAAUAAAUAAUCACAAAUACAAAUCCGAUAUAAAAGAUCUCGAACAUCUAGGCGAUUUGGGCAAUGGCACCAGUGGGAAUGUGGUGAAAAUGCGACACAAACCUAGCGGCACAAUUAUUGCUGUUAAACAAAUGCGCCGUACAGGCAAUACCGAAGAAAAUAAACGCAUCCUUAUGGAUUUGGAUGUGGUACUGAAAUCACAUGACUGCCAAUAUAUAGUACAGUGUUUUGGUUGUUUUGUUACCGAUGCCGAUGUAUGGAUAUGCAUGGAAUUGAUGUCGAUGUGUUUCGACAAACUACUAAAGUUAUCAAAGAAACCAGUACCAGAAAAAAUAUUAGGCAAAGUAACAGUGGCGACUGUUAAAGCUUUGAACUAUUUGAAAGAGAAGCAUGGUGUCAUACAUCGAGAUGUCAAACCUUCUAAUAUUCUGAUAGACGAACGUGGGAAUAUAAAACUCUGUGAUUUUGGUAUAAGUGGACGUUUGGUAGAUUCUAAAGCGGCCACAAGAUCUGCGGGAUGUGCGGCCUAUAUGGCGCCUGAGCGCAUCGAUCCUAAGAAAAUAAAAUAUGAUAUUCGUGCCGAUGUUUGGUCUUUGGGCAUAACAUUGGUGGAAUUGGCAACAGCACGAUCUCCCUACGAAGGCUGCAAUACCGACUUUGAAGUUUUAACAAAAGUGUUAGCUUGCGAUCCGCCUACUUUACCGGAAGAUGAACAAUUUCACUUCAGUGCAGAAUUUCAUAACUUUGUUAAUAAAUGCUUAACAAAGGAUCAUGUUUUGCGCCCCAAAUAUCCUUUACUGCUGGAACAGCCUUUUAUCAAAUACUAUGAAGUAGCAGAAGUUGAUAUACCGCAAUGGUUUAAAUCCGUUGUUGAUUCGACUGGUAUAAAAACUCAUCGUAGGACACAGAUACCGACUUCAAUGACUCCGGCUACCUAUGAUGCAACAAAACAUUAUAAGAAUCCCUUAAAUACAUUAUCCUAUGAUGCACCAAUAUUAACAGCUCCCACAUUUACAUCAGCAUCAGCAAAUACCAAUCCAUUUACCGGAGCAACCACGGGAGGUACAACCAAUACAAUGACAAUAAAUGCAACAAAAUCCUCAUUACAAGCAGCAUCAGCAUCGACAUCACAAUCACAAAUACCAAGCUAUUAUGGUAUGGGCAAUGCACCACACCGUAGCAAUAGUUUCCAUAAGCAACACCAACAGCAGCCAUCACAACUACCUCAAUAUAACAAUAGCAGUAAUACAACAACAAUGAACUAUUAUCAGGGAUCAAAAAUAACGGCCGCCACUCAUAACGAUGCAGCAUCAUCGACAGCAGCAAGUGGUAGCAGCAAUGGAAGGGGUGGUGGGAGCAUUGGUUUGGAGAGAAUGCCAAGCGGCUCGGGCAGUAGUAGUGCCACCAGUUCGAGUCCUCUAUCGCCGCCUAGUGUAACUUCCUAUAACAUAGCCAAGGACCAAGACACGAAAUUAGUAAGUGAGAUGCAUAAAUUAUGCCGAAAAUCACCAUUUAUGCCAAAGAAAUUCAACGGUUCAUCAUCGUACAAUCGUUAUAAUACAUCAAGUGGAGGAGGCGAUGAAAGUCCUAAAAAGGAGUCGGUGUUAACUUCUAUAGGUCAAUCAAUUUUACGUAAUCUUACAACAUCACCAUUUAGUCAAAAGAAAAAUGCCCCCAACAAUGUUCAACCCAAUCAAAUAGAUCCACUUUUUCGUAUGCCUUGCAGUCAGGAUGUUACAUAUCCUGCGUUUGAUAGUCCCGAUUCAGGGUCGAAAUCAUCAAUGAAUCCAACAUUAGCAGACUCACCGGCCUUGCAGCGAAAAAGAUUUCAAAUGGGCGGUGAUUCUAAAUACAAUAUGACGGCAGCCAAGAAAUCAUCUGCUGAUAAUAGCUGCAGCAGCAACAAUGUCACAAAGGAUAUUGUCUUUGAAAGGCAAAUGUCUCAACCAGAGCAAAUGCAAGACAAAUCUGCUAUAUCACCAUUGACAAAGAAUGAGUCGCAACCACAACGUGUUCCGGGUAAUCAUAGUCCUUUAGUCCUUCAACGUUUCUAUCAUCAACAAAAUCAAUUGCGCGAAAAAGAAUUGGAACGCCAGCAUUAUCAGCACCAAAGUCAUCAUCCCUACUAUCAAAAGCAUUCACCUUCAAAUGAAAGCACAAAUCCAUUUCAUAGCAGCUACUAUCAGGCUGCAUCCUCCCCACAACAACAUCAACCACCGCAUCAUCACCAUGGCUCACAUAUACCAAUUGCCUCAUCGAGUAACCUGUCAUCAUAUUCCACAUCUAGUCAAUCGUCUACACAAUCAUCGCAAUGUUCACAAAUAGGAGUAGAGUUGUCACCAUUGUCGUCGUCGUCGUCGCAACAACCUCAACAACAUCACUAUGGACCAAGAAGUUUACCUUUAAUGGCAAAUUAUGACAACAAAUUAUCUUCAUCACCAACCUCACCCUCUCAUACAAAAGCUACCCUGGGUUUUGGCACCACCACAACAUCACCCCCUUCUGCAGCGGCGUCGGCAUCAUCGACAGCAGCAACUUUGGGACAUUUGCAAUAUCAACCACUGCCUCAACAAUAUUUGACAAAUACUCCAUAUGCAAAUGUAAUGCGUAAUUCAAGAUCACCACCCACCUCACCGCCCGAGAAUUUUUCGGAUUCUAGUGGUGGUGGUGUCGGCACAGUAGGAGUCAAUAUCCAAAGGACAGAAAUAACCAGUCCAACGGUUACAAAACUUAGCAAGCUGUACAAUCAAAGACAUGUACAGCAGCAAGGAAUGACUUCAACGGCUACCGCCUCAUCAAUGGCAAAUGCGAAUAAUGCAGCAAGUAAAGAAAAUCAUUUUAAGCCUGAAAGUGGCUGGUUCAAUACCUUGGCGGGUGCCAUGAAGCGCCAGCUGUCCAAUUAUGUUAAAAUACAAACGACCAAUAACAAUUCUCCUUCAAACUCAGCUACCACAUCGCCUACGAAUGGUGGUGAUACCAUGGCCCCGGACAAUAACCGAUCGAACCUUUUCUAUCGCACCAUGUCCACGGGAAGCAGCAGUUCGCCGGGCAACAGUCAAACUACAUCACCUUCCAAUGAGACAACACCCUCGGCGAAAGGUGGAAAUGGAUCAGAGGGAUUUUAUGAAGGUUCAAGUGCAGGUGGUUUUAUACGACGCUAUGCGGCUACAACGGGUGCUGGUGUUGGCGGAAGUGGGGCCAAUAUAAAUACAUCUGGAACAAAUUCACAAAUACCGGCAACUCAUACACCUGCUCAUAUUUUAGCCAAUUUGGAUAGAAGACAUCGUUCACCUGACCCACCACCACGCUACAAUCGGGGACAGUCGCCUUUGUUAUUGCGCAAGAACAUUUUGGAAUUAAGUGGUCAGCCACCGGGGACUUCACCAUUACUGAACAGAAGGUAUGUGAAGAAAUUGAAAACAACAAGUGAAAAAAAUAUGAACAAUUUGUUAAUGCCUCUCCCCCCUUGCCGCCACCGAGACGAGGCUCGGAGAGUGUACCCGGCUCACCACAACACUUUCGUACCCGCAUUCAUUACACCCCCGAGCCACAAAGGCGAAUAUAUCGCACUAUAGAUCAAUGAGUGGCACUACAAAUAAUGGUUAUGUGAUAUUGGUAUGGUUUUGUUGAUGAUGAUAAUGCUGAUGUUGGUGGAGCUGCUGGCGACACUAGUCAAAUGCCUAAUCCAAAUCCUAAUGUAAGCGGUGAACUUGAUGUUGAUUUCCUUAUGGAUGGUGCCAAUCCAUCACCCCCUUCGUCUACACUAUCCGCCAGAGAUUUUCUAACGACACGUUCCUUCAGUCAUACGGGCAGUGUUAGUGAACGUUUGGAUAGCAUGUCAACGUCGCUGACAACGGAAUUGCAUAAAGAUUUUGUGCAAACCCCAGCUUCAGCACCAGCAUUUUCCUCAUUGUCCUUGGAUGCUGCCGAUAUGUAUACGGCACGUAUGCGUCGCGCACAAUAUUGGCUGCAAAAAUAACAACCAUCGUAGUAAAAACUGUGGCAUUUGGUCAAUCUAAGACAUAGUUUUGUAAUGGAUAAGCGCAUAUGUAGCCUAGCGUCAUCAUUUUGUUUGUUUGUGUUUUUUGUACGUUUGAAAAAAGAUUUUUGUGUUUUUUUUCCAGAAACCGAGAAUAAGUCUAAAUAACAGCUUUUGUGAAUGUGUAAUAGUUUUGUUAUCAAAACUGAGUAUGAAUUCUCGCGUUCCAUUUGUUCCCAUUGAGAUACCAUUGAGCUGGUAUCUUAGGGAUAUAAAAAGAAAAAAGCUCCAUAAUUACUUACAACAUACCUGCAUAUGGCAUAUAGAUGAUGUCUCGCGAAAUGUCCACAAGCAAAACAAAGUUUUUAUUGAUUUUUGAUUCAAUUUCAUAGUUAUCAUCUACUGUUGGUAGACCAAAUAUAGUUCUAGUGUUUCCUCACUAGAUUUAUUAUGACAUCUGAAUGUACCCCAUAGGGAUCCAGAGAUUUCGCAUGUUUCUUCAUUGAGGCUGUGUUCUGAAUCUUUUUAAUUCAUUCUUAUAUAUCCCUUUAAACAAUGCUUGGACUUUAUAAUCUUGAGAUAUGUUAAAGGUAGGUGGUCAUUUCACUCGACAUCCUUAUAUAUACAUGCUGUAUAUCAAUAAAACAGGAAACCCAAAAA